AAUGUAAAACUUAAUUGUAAAAAUGUUGGAUUUGUCAUUAGCGGAAUGUAUGGUUGCGUGUAGCAGCGUUCUACUUAUGGUGUUACUGUUAACUGAAAUUUUGGAUUGGACGCAGUUAUUUGCAUGGAUGGAAAAUGACUACCGUCCACUCGCUUUUUCGUUCGGCUAUGCUCAUCAGAAUGGUCCUCAUACUUGGAAAGAUUUAUAUCCUAAUAGCGCUGGUAGCAAUCAAUCUCCUAUUAAUAUCACCACUAGGCUCGCUGUGGUAGUCCAACCAUCUGAACCACUUCGAUGGAGCAAUUAUAAUACUGGACCUCUGUCGAUGACUAUUGCAAAUGACGGCCAUACUGUGAUACUCCGAGGAUUUUGGACCAGCACCACAUGGCCGCAGCUUCAAGGAGGGCCUUUGACCGAUACGUACGAUUUCUUUAACAUUCUUUUCCAUUGGGGUCCGUCGAAUGAAGAAGGCAGUGAACACACUUUGGACUAUAUCCGUUUUCCUAUGGAACUACAAAUCAUUCAUAUAAAACGUGGAAUUAAAUCGCCAACAGAGGCAAUAGCGCUGGGAGCAAAAGAUGGAAUAGUGAUUGCUUCGUUUUUUCUUCAAAUAAAUGACGCGGAUAAUCCUUACUUGGAUCACAUCGUGAGCAAUUUAUGGCGCAUUACCUGCCCGGGAACUAAAGUCUACAUACCUCCUUUUCCAUUGGAAUGGAUUUUUGCGCCUUUUGACAGAGAUUAUUAUACGUACAGCGGUUCUCUUAGCCAGCCACCUUGCAAUGAAAUUGUCACAUGGAUCGUGCAGCAAGAACCAAUCGCAAUAUCUUCAUCUCAGAUGGAAAAAUUUCGAAAAAUCUGUUCAGUAGAGGGUCCAUUACUUUUGAAUUGUCGACCAGUUCAGCCUCUAAACGACCGUGACGUUUACUUCUACGAGGAAAGCUUAUCACGUAAUUAAUGCACAAUUAUUUUAUUAAAAUUUAAAGUAAUUAAAUAGUAUGAAAAUCUUAUAUUCUUAUUAAUAUGUUAAUUUCGAUAUUUAUGUAAAAUUAAUGUCAAACUGAUAAAUACGGUGAUAUACUGUUUUAUUUAAAUAAACACGAUUUAUGAAAUUAAUAAGAUUACUUGUAAUAGUACAUCUACUAAUAGUACAACAAAACGACAUGGCUAUGUAGAUGACAUGUUCUGUAAAUGGAUUUAAUUUUAAUGUUAAAUGAAUGUAAUUUUAAAAAUUUUAAUAGAGUACAAAACUUUAAACUCGCCAGAUAUAAAAUAAGUAACAAUCUUUUUACACAUAGAACAACAUCUUUAUUAUCAUUAAGGUGCGUUCUAUAAACGCAGGACAUUUGUUUUGCCAAGUAUUUUGAGAAAAUAAAAAUAUAUUAAAAUUUGUGUCACUCAUUAUAUAAUAAAUUUUUUGGCACAAGUUAUAAUAAUACAUUCUUCGAAAAUUAAUGUCGAAGAGAGGAAAGCGUUUCCCUAAAGAAUAAAUAUGACGCAUUUUAUACACCGAUGUAUAUAUAUGUAUAUAAUGUAUUUAUAUAUGUGCACCAUCCAUUUCGAAAUGGAUGAUAAAUAUCUAUAAAGAUCUAACAUACACGAUUAUUAGGAGAAGCUGGGAUUGAUUAAAAUUUGGAAUUUUUUCAAAUGGUUGAAACACAGAAAUUGACAGAAUGGUACAAUCUUGGCAUUAUCUUGAACAUAUAUUAUUAGGCUAAGUAGAAAUACAUAUAUAAGUAAAAAUUUGAUGAUAUGUUACUAAGUAAACAAAUGUUUUUAAUUUCUUUAAUUCAAUUUACAGCUAAAAAUCUCUAGGCUAGUUCAACAUGUUUUGGAAACUCAGCCAAUGUGUAUCAGCGUUAUAUAAUUUUCAAGUAUUUCUUAUUGGACUACUAAGAUUUUUUAGCAGUCUAUUAAUAGAAUAUAUCAAUCAGCCUCAGUCUCCCCUAAGUAUACUCACAUAAACCUCUUAUUCAUUAAAAAUUAUGAUAUUUCUUCAAAAAUUCAUAUACAA